UUCUACGCGCGAUGUCCGGUGAAUUUUAAAAAUAUUUUAAAAAUAUUUAUAAAUUAAAGUCAAUAUAAAGCGUUAUGAGUGCUACAGAAUUAAAAUUCGACAAUAUGGAAUACAACACAACAUUGGCAAAAGAUUUCUUAGACCAGCAUUCAAAGUUUGUUGGUUUUAAUUGUGAAAAUCAUAAAACAGUUACAAAUAAAAUUGGCAAAGAAAUAUGCUUAGGUAAACGAAAAAAAGAAAAUUUUGAAUUUAAUUUAGAAGAGGAAAAAGUCACAAAGAAGAAAUUAUAUAAAUUAUCACAGUUGAUGGAAAGGAACAUAGAACUCUUCUGUCAGUUGGAAUAUUUGAUACGAGGAAAGCAACCGGAUGAAUUAAAAGCUUUUGAUUUGAAACUCAUUGUGCAAAAUCUUCUGUUUUGUUCCUCUGAAAAAUAUCAGUAUCCAAAUGAUGGGAGACCUGACACAGUUUCAAUGAAGAAUAAUAGUCCCUUGGUAACGCUGACCAUGUUUGCCCGGAGUAUUAUUAAUGCAGAUAGCAGAAUGAAUAUAAUAUCAGAAACAGAAAGUGCAAUCAUAUGCUGGCUCUUUGUGGAUCUAUGUCGACAAGCUGGGUUUGGGGAUCAAAUAUGUCUCAUUUUUGAAGAACAUGACGUAGUAAGCGAUCGGAUAGAAUGUCAUUUUGGUAUUGAUGUUAAAGCCGCUCAAGGGAGUUGCAUCGUCGUAGUCACGGGUAAAGCCGAUAUUGACUCUGCAGUCGACACACUGGUUGAUGCUCCACACAGGAGUCCAUGGGGUGUGAGGCGGGUGCUGGUUCAAGAGAAUGCACUGGAAAGGUUCAGAACGGCGCUGAGGGGCAAAGCGAGAGUUUGCCCCGGGGAGGUCACCCCGGCCCUGUCCCAGAGGAGCACCAGCGCCGUCGCCAUCUGCGACAUGACGUUCCUCGUCGAAUACGCCGGUGAGGACUCGGAGGAGGGAAUCAUCGUCGAAGCAUAUCGAACGGUUAAAGAGUUGAUAUCGUUGCUUUCCAAGCAACGUCCGUACUUGCUGUCCGUCUGGUGCGACUCCACCUCGGAAAGCAACGAGAUAGCUCACAACGUCGACGCCAAUGUAGUGUGGGUUAACACCUACGGCGUGUUCGAUGGACCCCCCCAGGCCUGCGAGACGAUCCUACGCACAGCACCUCUGGUAGUACACAUUACAGUAUCUGAUGAUUUCAAGCGAGCUCGGAGUGCUUGGGAAAAGUUUUCCAUAUUUGAACGAGCUGCACGACUAAGAGACUCGCUCCACGCACACAAAAUAGAUACCCACGAUAGCUUUUACUACGCGAGUAAAAAUUUUACUUGCGCUAGAAUGGAAAAGGCAGCGGGCACAUUAUUUUUAUCUGAAAGUUUAUAUACUCGUUAUGCCGCUUCUCACCUCCUAACAUACAUGGUGAAGGGAGGCUCCAUUGCUUUUAGUAGCGAGAUUAUGGGCGAUAAAGAUGUAUCUGGUUUGUAUGAGACAUUGAAAAAUUGUGGUGCACCAGUGGAGGAAAUUGACUCGCCUGAGGGAGGUGACCUCACAGCAUACAUGUCACUUGACUACACUCAGAAAGUAAUAUGGACGAGCUAUGGCACGACAUUCGCCAAUUGAUUUCAAAAGAUUUUAAAAUUUCCGUCGGCGGUGUCACCAAAUUCAGUCUUCCGAAGUCCGAACAUCGUGACUUCUGUCUGUGACCCACCGAAUUGUUAUUAGUCUGUAAGCCUUUUAAAAAACUAAAUUCGA